AUGGCGGCUAGUCUGGUAAACACACGUGAACGAUACCCACCAUCUACAUAUUUCAACGGUCUUGACGAGGCUUCAAAAGCACGAUAUGAAGAGAAAAUAUCUUUCAUCGGUGGUGUCGACCCUUACUCACUUCCAAAGAGAAGUUGGAGUGAAGAUCCUGACAUUUUCCCAGCAAUUUCGUACGCCGACAUUGUCAAUUUUGUGUUGUUCUCGCCAAGCCCGUACACACUCGAAGACAUGCGAUCAUACAAAAGCUUGGAAGCGUACAACCAGUUUGUGAACGGCUGGGUGAGGGACGUUUCUGCGUAUUCUACUCCAAAUACGGAAAAGCAGCUGAUUAUUGUGUAUGGACGGGUGAUGCAUUCUCAACGGUUGCGUGAAACACCACUGAAACCGUGGAUCGUUGCUGAGAAAGAUGGGAAGGUGAUAGCAGCCCACUGUGACUGCAUGGCGGGUCUGGGUGAAACCUGUACACAUGUAUGUGCCGUCUUGUUUUACCUGGAAACGAAGGUGAGAAUCAGGGACUCCAAAACUGUGACACAGGAGGCAGCAUAUUGGAAAAUGCCAAGUGCAAGGAGAGAAGUACAGUAUAUGCCUGUCCAUAAGAUAGAUUUCACAUCAGCACAAUCACAAAAACGUAAAUUGGAUGAUUUUGUGCAUGAUAGUCGGGUGAGAGGCCCAAGUCACUGCCAUACUGUACAACCUGCAGCUCCGCAACCAACAGUUGACGAAAUAAAUGACUUAUUUACUGCGCUGAACACAUGUGGUAAAAAAUCUGUGGUUUUGAGUGUGUUGCCUGGUCACUGCCAGGCAUUCAAGCCUGCUGAUACGCAAGUGCCUUCACUGAUGGAGCUGUACAAACCUGAGUUUGCCGAGUUGACGUUUAAUGAUCUUUUGGAAAAGUCCACAGAUGUCGAUGUAAGUUUAACACAAAGCCAAGCUGAUUAUGUCGAGCAGCGUACAAGAAAGCAGGCUGCAAGCAAGUGUUGGUUUCAGCACAGGGCCGGGAGGAUAACUGCAUCCAAAAUGAAAAGUGCUUGCAGGACCAAUCCUGACCAGCCAUCACUGUCCCUUAUCAAAAGCAUAUGUUAUCCUGGCAAAAAUUUCCAGACACAGGCCACCACAUACGGAUGCGAACAUGAGGAGAAGGCAAGACAAGCAUACAUUGCAGAGAUGCAGUACACACAUGAAAACUUCUCACUGCAUGAGUCGGGAUUGGUAAUCAAUCCCAAGUACCCACAUCUUGGCGCUUCACCUGAUGGGGUUGUCAGCUGCGACUGUUGUGGCACGGGAGUCGUAGAAGUAAAGUGCCCUUUCUGCGCAAAAGAAAAGACGGUAGAAGAAUAUAUAGCGAUGGAAAAAAGUUAAUGUCUGAAAAAAACAGACAGUGGUGUUCACCUCAAAUCAGACCACCAGUAUAUGUACCAGAUCCAGGCCCAACUACUUUCAUGCAAUGCAGAAUUUGCUGAUUUCGUCGUUUGGACACCAGAGGACACCCACAUCGAGAGAAUCGGACCCAACAAGGACAUGUGGGAAGAAAUUGUUGACAAGACGACACAGCUAUUUCGAAAAGCCAUUCUUCCCGAACUUCUUGCAAAGUUCUAUAGCAAGGAUGACACUAUCGGUGGCAAGUCAAGUGAAUGUGACACAUUUUGUUAUUGUAGAAAGGGAGAGAAGGAAGGAGAUAUGGUUGCAUGUGAUGGGAAGUCAUGCAAAAUCUUGUGGUUCCAUCUGAGAUGUUUGAAAAUAAGGGAUGUGCCACAUGGUAAAUGGUACUGCCCAGACUGCAGAAAAAUGCCAGAAAACAGGAGAGGCAAGCAUAAGAAGCAAAACCUUACAAAAUACAGUGGCAGUCAGCAAUCUUUGAGUACAAUUAACGCUCGAAUUUACACAACAGAACAAUAGAGUGAACAAGCCAGAACAAUAAUUGCUGACUGGGUCUGUAGGUGUUGAGUUGAGUGAGCUCCUGCUAAAAAAAGUGCCGCUCAUUAGAGAAUCCUUAUUAUUAUAGGUUUUCCCGUCCAAUUUCAUCAGAGAUGCAUUUAUAUUAAUGAAUGGGUGUUCAAGUUCGAACGAUUUUUGUCAACUCUCUCCAUCCACGGUUCAUAUUAAUUUAUUUAGCAUUCAAUUCCGUUUGUUUUCCCCCCUCUAUUUAUUUUUCUUUUCAAGUGCACAUUCUGUUAAUAUUUCAUUAUAAUACAUAUUUGGAAUUUGUUACAGGCCACCUAUUGUGUAAACAUUUGUUACUACAAUUCAGAAAUUCUGGUUUUGUAAUAAUGUUUUGUAUUUUAAUCAUUUUAUAUAGUACUCUGUAAAUCAUUCUGUAUCUGCUUGCUUGAGAUUACGAUGAUGAAUAAAUACCAUUAUUUCAUUAUUAUUAUCAUUAUUACGGAACUUUAAAGUGCCAUCGACUUGAUGACUUGGCGAGAUAAUUUAUCUUGCCAUGUCGAUAUAAUGUCCUUAUAUAGGGCUUUCAUACAUGCAGGUCCUUCACUCUGGAACUCUCUUCCUCGUGUUAUCCGUGACACCAAGUCUGUAGAAUUAUUUAAAAAAAAACUGAAAACAUACUUGUACAAUGCUGCAUACACAUGAUUAACCAAUAUCAUUUUUCACCUCUUUAUACGCUACUUUUUCUCACUCUUCACUUUUUCACAUGUGCGCCUUGAGCAUUAUAUUUUUAUUGGAUUUGGCGCCUUAUAAAUUGCAUCUAUUAUUAUUAUUAUUAUUAUUGUGUCGACGUAAGUCGACAUGGCGAGAUACGUCAUCUUGCUAAGUCGAUUUUAAAAGGUUAUAUGUCAACAUGGCAAUAUAUGAAUUGUCCAAGGCCCGGCGAGAAUCCAGAUAUCUCGUCAUGUUGAUAUAUAACAUUUUAUAAAUCAACUUGACAAGAUAACAUAUCUCGCAUGUUGACAUAUAACUUUUUUGUAAGUCGACUUGACGAGACAACAUAUCUCGCCCUGUUGACAUAAUAAGGCUAUUCAUGGCAAGAUAUAAUAUCUCGGAAUGUCAACAUAAUAAGCUUAUUAUGUCGACACAGCAAGAUAAAGUAUCUCUCCAUGUCUCCAAGUCGAUGGUACUUUAAAGGCUCUGUACAUUAUACUUGUAAGAUUGUGGAUGAAAUAUGUAUUUUUUGGUAUAGGCCUAAUUCUGUCAUGAAUGAGUGGCAAACAAGCUUUCUGCUUCAAUAACGGUAAUUUCAAACAAAAUCAAAGUUAUUUCAAAACAGGUGGAUAAUAAAAAUAGCAUAAGCAACAACAAAACACUGCCCAUAUCCUGUAAAUGUUUGCAUAUUCAUUCAUUCGAAUUCCUUAACAUUCGUAAAGAUGGUGCCGGUGCGAAUUUGAGAAAACACUCCUUGUGGCUAUUUAAUUUGAUCGCUCUUUGCACGCUUACGUGAAAAACCCAUGAAAUCACAUGCCAUUAAACCCAAUUUGAUUAAACUUUUUAAGUUUUUGAAUGUUGAUCUCAUUGGCCAUUCACAUUCGUUCCAAAUUGAAUGAUUACAUCUGAUGAUUACAUUUUGACUAAAUUGGACGGGAAACUUAUAUUAUGUUUUUGCUUAACAGGAUAAAGAAGGAAAUGUUAGGGACAUUCAUUAUGAUAAAUCCUGUUUGUAGUUCUGAAUACAUUUAUUAUACUGGAAUAAACCAUUCCGAACUGCAGGCCUACUAGUGCAUUGAUGAUGCUUGUAAGUUUCAAGUAGUGAUAAUUGAUAGUAUUUGCAACUGUUACCUAAUGUUGAAAUUACUUCACUAUGCAAUUGGUGAUUAUUGUUGUUUUUUUGUUGCUAUUUUUUCUAGAAAUUGCAUAAAUAUGAAAUGGUCAAGGACUCAAGGGCCAAUGUUUUGUUAUAGAAAUGUAAACACUGCUACCUACUCUCCAAUACUAACGUUAUAACAUCAUUGUUUACACUUGGUAUGCAAUUUUUCUGUCUUGUCCAGAUGUCUGUGGUACAGUACUUUGUGACAGAUACAUGUAAAUAUUGUACUUUUGGACCAAAACUAUGGGUUGUAGUGGCCACUUUAAUGUGUUUAAAGUGAUGUACAGAGUGCAGGGAAAAUAUGUCUACAGUGUAUCAUGUCAUAAAAUACAACAUAGUUUUAUACAGUUCCAAACUUCACUUUUUCCUUUACUUAGUUCACAACAGCCUUGUGUGAAAUUUUAGCAGUGUGGUACAAAGGUACCAUAGCUUAAUGCUAUGUUUACUGCAUUGUCAUUUGACAUCAGUUUAGAAUAAUGAUGGUGGUACUGUUAUUCACUAAAUCACUUUUUGUUGCAAAAGUGCACACAAAAAACAUUUUUGUGUGCAGUGUUUAAUGACAAAUUUUCUUGUCAAAAUUAUGGAAAUUCUUGGUGAGUGGAAUCACUGGUGAUUUCAUGUUCAAUGUUGGAGCCUGGUUUUCUCUGAACAUGACACUAUUCAUGGAUGUAGCUCGUUGCAUGAUAACUAAAGUGAAGAUGAUGUUAAAGAGAAAUUCCAGUAGUUGCAGUAAACACUGAUUUCAUGAGAAAGUCUGUAAAACCAGGCUCAAUUGUCAGUAUAUCAUCGAGGAUCUAGAUCUGGUACAGUUACAUAAACUGAACUUUGUGAAAUCUUGAAAUCUACGCUGAAAAAUGUUCAGACUGAACUUCCCCAACACAGAUAAGUGCACGUGGGACAGUGUAUAAUUAUUGCUUUGAGCGUCGGGGCCCGACGCUUAUACCCGAAUCCUGUGCUUAUUUGCUGAUUUCUCAGCAAUUACACAAUUUCUUCCAGAAUCCUUUGGCACAUGCGUUUCAUUUAUACAAACAGACACUUUGGUGGUCAUUUCAUUGGAUUCUGUACGAACUCAUUUUGAUAUCAUUACCAAAACUAGCAUUUACUUUUAAGUUUGGCCUAUAGUUUCACCUUUCCACCUUUCAUGUAACAACACAAAAGAUUUUGCAGUCAUAACAGCUACCCCA